AUGACCUGCCUCAAACAUGCAGAAUUGCGAUUCGUUAGAGAUCCAUUGUCCAGAUUUCUUUGGCGAUAUCUCUUUCCAGUCCAGUUUACACUUGGAGUUUUGGGAAAUUUGUUGAACUUAGGUGUGCUAGCCAGCGAUGAAGUACAAAACGUCGCUUCUGAUAUGCUGGCAGCAGUUUCUUUUUGCGAUUUAGCUUUCCUACUAUCAAUGUCACCACAUUCCUUAUCUUCAUUUGAUACAUUAGCUUAUAAUUAUAACUUUCGUUAUUUCUAUUUAAAAAGCAAACAGCACAUAGCUGCUGUGGCUAAUUGGAUGAGCGCAGCUGCCAUUUGGUAA